AUGGGUAGCCCAAUCAGCCCAAUAAUUGCUAAUUUCUUUAUGGAGAGAUUUGAAGAAAAAGCGCUAGAGUCAUCCGUUCUGAAGCCCGCUGUAUGGUUUCGUUAUGUGGACGAUACAUUUGUGGUUUGGAAACAUGGACGUGACAGCCUAGAUGACUUCCUUCAUCACCUUAAUUCGCAGAGCUCGAGCAUAAAAUUUACCAUGGAAACCGAAGUAAACAACCAACUGGCCUUCCUCGAUGUGCUUGUCAAGAGAAAUGGCGACCUUUUGGAUCACACCGUGUAUCGAAAACCCACUCAUACAGACCGGUACUUACACAAACUAUCAAAUCACCAUCCAAGCCAAAAACAGGGGAUUAUCGGAACAUUAGCAAAUAGGGCAAGACGUAUCUGUGCUAAUGAACACAUCCAAGAGGAACUAAGUCAUUUAAAUAAAGCCCUUUCUUGCCAAUGGCUAUAA